CCGCUACAAUCAUCUUCUCUUUAUUCCAUUCGACGCCUCUCCCUUCUCCAUCCCCAACUUCAAAAGAUCCGUCGCCGCCGUCAACUGGUGCACUGCCACGCCAGCCCUCGGCGGCGGGCAACCGGCGGGUCACAUCGUCGACCACGACAUCGCUGAGGGCGUCCACUGGGCGUCGCUGAUCCAGGCGCUCGUCUUCUGCAAGGAGGGUCCCCCGGCGCCGCACCUGCAGAUCACCGCCGUCACCGCGGGGCGGAGGCUGGGGGCAUUCGGGGAAUCUUUCGGUCGGAAAUCGGGGAUUAGGGCACAAAUCAGGUCUUUUCUCCUCUUCUUCCUCUUCCUCCGCGCUGCCAGCGGCUAGCCGGCGGUGGACGUCCGGUGAAUGUUGGACGCACAACACCGAUAGAUGAAACAUGAUGAGCUUGAUAAAUCUUGGGAUUAUAUUUCCAUUUCCACCUCAUAUGUCCUCGGAGAAGGUGCAACAUAGACGAUUUCAUUGUGUCGGGUUCUCAAAGGUUGGUCAAGUUUAUCAUAGUGAGGCUAAAGAAGCUGCCAGAAUAAGUCAUCAUGCAAGGAGGAGGUGUGACUGCUUGGACCUCCACAAACAACAGAUUCCUUAUAUGGAGGGAUGGUCUUGGCAAAAAUUCUUGGUAAGGAGGAGGCACAUUUUGAUAGAAAGGGAUGAAGAUCACUCUGACACGUUGAUUAUUCUUCAACAUCCUCCUGUUUAUACAUUGGGUACUAGCAGUUCGGAGAAAUACCUGAAUUUUGAUAUACAAAAUUCUCCCUAUGAUAUUUACCGGACUGAACGGGGUGGAGAAGUCACCUAUCAUGGCCCUGGACAGCUUGUUAUGUACCCUAUUCUCAAUUUGCGGUAUCACAAAAUGGAUCUGCAUUGGUACCUUAGGUCACUUGAAGAAGUGAUAAUCCGGGUCCUUUUAUCUACUUUCUCUGUCAAGGCAUCCAGACUUGAGGGUUUCACUGGAGUUUGGGUUGGAAAUCACAAGGUUGCUGCAAUUGGAAUUCGGGUUUCUAAGUGGGUAACAUAUCAUGGUUUGGCAUUGAAUGUUACGGCAGAUUUAGCUCCCUUUCGGCACAUUGUUCCCUGUGGCAUACGGGACCGUGAGGUUGGUAAUCUAAAGGAGCUGUUGGGGACAACUGAAGAUGCUAAUUUAAUGGAUGUCGCUCAUAAAUCCUUGAUUGAAGAAUUCUCUGAAGUUUUCCAGCUUUCUCUUGAUUACAGAUUAAUCUCUGAAUUGGACCUUCCUGAGGGAAGGUCAUGAAGUUUGUUUGCAGGGGUGUCAUUCUUCUGAAAAAGCACUCAUCGCUGAUUUAUCACUGAGAAACAUCAGAUUGUACAUACGCACUUGGCAUGGUGGAAACCAUAGUCGCUAUUCACAAAUCGUUAGGAGCAUGUUUUGUUGCUAUAUCCGGCAGCCUCAUUCCAUAGUCGCUCUUCUGAAAAUGCAAGGAUGUAUAUUUUUGUGGCAAGCUCGAUAGUUGUUUUAUUUUUCCUUUUUUUUUUUGGCCUACAGACAUUUAUUCUGGCUUUUUUUUCAUUUAUUAAAAAUGCCCGCUAAAACUCCAGCUACCCAAAACAUUUAAGGAUUGGUGAUUGCAGGUUUUGCAUAUAAUCACCAUUUACA